CAUGGCGGCAUGAAGCUGACGAGAAUGCUUCGUAUCGUAAAUCCCUCGCCACGAGCCAGCUAAUAGCAAUUGUGGUUCGACUGACGAUUGCACGUACCAGUACAUCCAGCUGACGGACAUGACGAUUGCAUUCGGAUACCACCCAACCAUUUCGACGCCCCCGGCAAGCAGACAGUCAGGGACCAGAGGAUGACGGCAGCUGCCAAAGGGGUGUGUUACCCGUGGUAGGACGACGGAAAAACAAUCGAAAGAGAAUCAUCUGAGAACAAAAGAGAACGAAGAGAAGAAGGAAAAAGCCUGCUACUUUCCAAGCCGAGAUGAACCUUGGUACCUGGUGGCCAAGAGGUCUUACUUUCUGGAGCGUCGCCUUCCAAACAACCCGGAGGUGGAUUCUACUUACACCGCAUCCCCACCAGUUCGUGUACCGUACCCGGCUAGUUGGUGCCGCAAUGGGAAGCACGGGCCCCUGUAGGUUGAAUAUCCUGCACCUCGCUGCCGCGAGUUUUGUUUGUAGCUCCUUGAGCUACGUCUUGAUAAUCAAGCCUGCCCGUACCUGACAAAAUAGAGCCUAGACUGUAGCUUAGCCCG